AUGACCCGCCUCAUGCUGGCGGCGCUCGCCGCCUCCGCGGCGGUUUUCAUGGCUGAGACAGUUUAUGCAGCCUUCAUGCAUCCAGUUAAUGAUGGCAGCAAAACCCCCAUGUAUUCCAAGUCCAAAGGCCCGCCUCCUCCCCAGGAGAUAUGCCAGACAAUUCCAGUCCAAGUGGACUCAGUUUGCUUCGAAAAUGUUCCCUUCAAAGAGGCGUAUGUCUGUCCCCAGGUAGUUGAAAAACAGGUGUGCGAGAAGGUACCCAUGGAGGUAGCUGACACAUGCUACAAGCCCACCAACGCCUUGGAGGCCUAUGAUUGCAAAAAGGAGGUGAAGAAGGAGGAAUGCAAAAUGGUGCCUAAACAGUGCUUCAAGACCAUCACAGAGCAGGAAGAGUACAGCUGCGAAGAAGAGCAAUGUGAAACUGUUGUUAAAAAGAUACCUCAGACGUGCUUUAAAAAGAAGAAUUCCAAAGAAAACUAUCCUUGCAUGAAGCACAAGAAGCAGAAGGUUUGCCAAGAGGUGCCCCAAGAGUACGAAAGCACCUGCUUCCGGGAGGAAAGCCACCAAGAGCUGGUGCCCUGCAAAGGAAAAGAGGAGAGCGGAGCUGUGAGCUUUGAGGAAAAGUGCACCAUGGUGAUGCAGGAGGUCGAAUCCACAUGCGAGAGACAGGUGAUGGCACAGCAAGAAUACCCCUGUACGAAGCGUGAAAAACGCAGGGACUGCGAAGUUGUGCCGCAGAAGGUGACCGAAAUGUGUGAGGAGAUAGUGGAGGAACAGAAACCGUACAAAUGCAAGAAGAAGCAGAUGGCUCAGAAAUGUAAGAUGGAGAACGUCAAUGUUCCAUCGACGUGCGAGAAGAAGAAGGGUGACAAAACCGAAUACUACCAGUGCGAGAAGAAGGUGAAGCAAGAGGUAUGCAGAGAUGUUGAGGAGAAUGUCGAUGCAGUUUGCUAUCAGUUGGUCUCUUCCAAGCAGCAGGUUCCCUGCAAGAAGAAAAAAAUGGGGGAAGUUUGCGUAGAUAGAGAGGUUGAAGUGCCCAGCACUUGCCUCCGUGAUGUUCCCGUGAUGGAGCCAUACCCGUGCAUGAAGAAUGUGGAGGCACCGAACUGCAUCAAGAUUCCCAUGUGCCCUCGAUUCCACACUCAGAAAAAGGCGUAUCCUUGCAUGGAAACAAAGAUGAAGCAGGAAUGCCACGUUGAGGAAGUACCCUACGAGGACACUUGCUCUCGGCAGUUCACCGAGGAAGUGCCGUACGAUUGCAGCAAGGAAGUCAAAUCUAAAGAAUGCAAAAUGGUUCCCAAAGUAUGCAAAAGGAAGGUCUCGCGCGACGUUGCGUUCGAAUGCAACGAGAGGGUUUGCGAGAAGGUCUCCCAGCCCCAGGUCUGCUACAGGAAAGUUAAGGGCAAAGAAGCAUAUCCAUGCACUCGUACGGAGUACAAAGAACAGUGCCACAUGCAGCAGCAAGUCCUCAGCAAGACGUGCUACAGCCAAGGGAUGAAACCCCAGCAGUACCCUUGCAAAGAAACCAAGUAUGAGACCAUCUGCAAACAGGUGCCUUCGAAGGCCCCAAUGGUGAUCCCUGCACCCGUUAAGAAGGAGAAGGAGAAGAAGGCCAAGAAGCACUAA